UAUUUCUUUAUAAAAUAAUCGAUUAUAUAUUAAUUAAUUUAUUGGACGUUGGACGUUUGUUGAGUUUGGAUAUUGAUGAUGAUUUGUGAUAUGGAUUAAUUAAUUUUUAUACAUAAUUAUUUAUUCAAUCUGUGAUACUAGUGUUAUUGAUAUUUAUUUCAUUUUACGGUUAUUAAAAAUGGCGGAAAGAAGCGGAGUGAUAACAAUUCAUCGUAUGCGUCUGCACCGUUGUGAAAGCUGCCUCGCGGCCUGCCGGCCCGAGCGCGGCUCUCCCUCCAGGACACUCGUCAGGAGUAAUCAAUUGAAAAAAACGAGACGGUCGCCGUACAAAGCGCCGCCUCUUAUCAAAGAUAUCAAAAUGGCGGAAUCUGGACCGCCCACACCCCCUGACAACAAUGCACCGCCGAUGCCCUGGUUCGGUAUGGACAUCGGGGGCACUCUCACGAAGCUCGUGUACUUCGAGCCCCGUGAGACGAACAGGCGGGAGUUGGACAAGGAGACGGAAAUAUUGAAGAAUAUAAGGCGAUACUUGACGAGGAACUCGGCGUACGGUAAAACGGGACGGCGGGACGUCCAUUUACAGAUGGACAAUGUGACCAUACGAGGUCGACGAGGUACCCUCCACUUCAUCCGGUUCCCGACGAGCGAAGUCGGGGCGUUCCUCCAGCUCGCCCGCUCCAAGGGCAUGGCGGCUCUCGUCAACACUAUAUACGCGACCGGGGGAGGUGCUUACAAAUUCGAAGAGGAUUUCAUUAAGGAAGUAAACAUGCGUCUGUCAAAACUGGACGAGCUCGACGCGCUCAUAGCUGGAGUGCUGUUCGUGGACUCCAUGAACCCUCAGGAGUGCUACUACUGGGCGCCGCCCGAUCAGGGCACGAACAGCAAGGACACGCCGUACUUAGAACCAGCCCUGAGCCAGUACUCGAGGAAGCCCUUCGAUUUCUCCAAUCCGUAUCCGUUUCUGUUGGUGAACAUCGGCAGCGGGGUAUCAAUGUUGGUUGUGAACGCUCCCAACGAUUACUACAGAGUUAGCGGGACCAGUCUCGGCGGCGGUACGUUCCUCGGUCUCUGCUGCUUGCUGGCCGGCUGCAGCAGUUUCGAGGAAGCGAUCGCCCUGGCGGCGUCCGGUGACAACACGACGGUCGAUAAACUGGUGCGCGACAUAUAUGGGGGGGACUAUGAGAGGUUCGGCCUGAGGGGUGACUUGGUAGCGAGCAGCUUCGGCCACAUGUGCUCGUCGGAGCGGCGCGCGCGCGUGUCCCGCGAGGACCUGGCGCGCGCCACGCUGGUCACCAUCACCAACAACAUCGGCUCCAUCGCGCGCCUCUGCGCCUCCAACGAGCGCCUCGAGCGGGUGGUGUUCUGUGGCAACUUCCUCAGAGUGAACCCGCUAUCCAUGAAAUUACUAUCCUACGCGAUGUCCUACUGGUCGAGAGGUGCCCUGAAAGCGCUGUUCCUCGAACACGAAGGAUAUUUCGGUGCCGUCGGCUGUCUCCUGCACUAUGACAGUAAAAACCAUAAACAAGAGAACGUAUCGCGACACGCCACGCCCCCGGACUGCAGACACGCCGACAGAUGAGCCAAACCGUGUAUAUAUGUAUAGAAACAGUAUAUAUAUAUAGGUGUGUGUGUGUGGGAAUAUACGUCUGUAUAGACCAGAUUGCAUUGAUGAUGCUUUCAGCUUUAUAAGUUUUAAACGAUAAUAUAACGAAUAGGGACGGGACGCAUAUUCGAUGUGUUCGGAUGCCUUGUCGAGCGUUCGUAUUCAAUUUACUUUUUAGCUAAAAUGCUAGACGUGUCUGAUAUAUUUCUGUUAGAGUCGAAGAAUCCAUUAGAAAAUUAUUUCAACUCUUGAUGCCAUUUUUUUAAAUACACAGGUUAAUGGACCAUCUGUCCACAGACAUUAAUAUUGUAAAUAUUAGUCAUCCCUUACUGUACUAUUAUCGCUAAUGAACGACUGAGCUAGGGGGAGAUGAUGUGUUAUGUCGAAACGCGAUAAACUUUUGUCACAAAAUUGUAAUGAUGCGUCACAGACGAUAUUCAAACUCGAUAAAAACCUUAUUCGGUACAUCACUAGUAAUAGUACAGUCCUGUAAUUUAUUACGGCUAUCGAGUAAAAUUUUAGGAAAAUUAAUUAAUUUCACAAUAAACGCGUUUGACGUGUGAUAAAUGCUAUUAAAAUUUCUGUAACCUGUUCCAAUCGAACUAGGAAUAAAGAUAAACAAACUUUAGGUUUACGUAUUCCAUGCGAUUUGUUAAUAACUCGGCUAUAUCGUACACUACAAGCAGUUCUUGAUUAAUAUAUAUUUAUUUAUAAUACAACACUGUUCCACUUAAGUACUUAUAUACUUUACUUCCAAAGCUCCAAUAACAACUGGUGACAUUCAAAACGCCAAUCGCGCCAUUGCAUUUCAAGGUCAAAUAAACUUUGUUCUAAAUAUGACCUUGAGAUUACAUAGUCUACGACUAAGACGUAUCUGACUCAAAGCACUUAUUAAAGCUAAGCGAACCGUCGGACUUAGCGACACGGUCGCUUCGUUUAACUCGUAAUUAAUCCAAUCCC